AUGAUGUCACCCAUUCAUGCCGCCUCAGUGGUACCCGAUGGUACUUCGAACACGCAUUUCGUACUGACACCGGCGCCCAGCACUGGAUCCAGCAACGACAGUAACGCAUCUAGCAAUCAUAGCAACGGCGAACAACGAAGUCAGUGUUCUAGUUUAUCGGACGGAGAGAAUUUUGAGUGGAACGGUGACAAGGAGGAACCAGAACAUGAUGCAAAUAGGAGUUUUGGAGGAUUAACUGAAGGAAAAAGCCCAUUGCACAUUAACCGAAAUACUUGGCUCAGAACUAGUUUAAGAAGAUCAUCUCCCAACAAUCCUGAUUCGUUGCCAAACAGAAGAUGGGGCUCGUUCAGACACAAUGGAAGGAGAUCUCAGACUUUAGGAUCAAACGCUCUAGCCAGUCAACUUUAUAGAAGCUCCAGCUUCAAUUCUUCUGGUAGAAGUAGCACCUGCGAUACCACCGAUGACAUGUAUUCUGAUGCUUCAUUAGAAGAAGAUGUAAACGAUCUACAGCAUAAGUUUCAAGUACUGCAACACCAAGUAGGCUCACUCCAAGAUUCUGCACACCAGAAUGACGAAAGAUACACCAGAGUAAAAGCAGAAAAUGCUGCUCUACAGGCCAGAGUUAUAAUGUUAGAAGAACAACUGAGAGAUACUGAGCUACGGUGCGAAGAAAAAAUUCAGGAUGAACAACGCAGAUCAAAAGAAUUAUCUCAAAGAAUCGAACGUGAAAAACAGUUACAGCUGGAAAACGCAUCGAUAAGACUGCAUAACGCCGAAGGAGAACGCGAAAAAAUGAAAGAAGAAGUGACUCGAUAUCGGCUAAAACUAGAAAAAAUGGAAAAGCAAAAGGAUGAUCUCAUCACCCAAUUGCAGGAUCUCAAUUUUGAACUAAGCGAAGCAAAGGAGGAUGCUAAAACUUGUAGAGAAAGAGAAAAUAGACUGAUAAAAGAUCACGAAUCCCAACAACAGCUCCUAGAAGAUCUCUCCAAAGAAAUCGAAAGGCUCAAAUUGGAACAUCGUACGCCUGCUUUAUCUAGCACCAGUCCGGAAACUUUGCGGUUGGAGGAGUUGCACGAAGAAAUGUCACAGUUGCGUUCGGAAAACUCACAGUUGGUCGAAGCCAAUGAGGAGUUACAGGCCAGUUUAUUGCAUGCCGGUUUAGAGACUGGCAGGAUACUCACUAACGGCGAGAAUAGUUUGGCUCACGAGUUGGAUGUUAUGUCACAAGAUGAGGUACAAAAGGCAUUGCAAGAACAGCAAGAAGUCAACAGGCAACUUCGAAUGUACAUCGAAGGAAUUUUGCUCAAUAUUGUCGAAAAUCAUCCUCAGUUACUCGAAGUGAAACAUAGCAUCAAAACACAAAGAAUGUCCUAA